GUGAAAGAUACUCCACUGGUCCUGAUCACGACUGAUGAGAGGAGCUAGCACUCAUGGUCUCAUCUCAUGCUUUUAUCCGCUUUGGUUAGUGCCCUUCAAGGCUUCAUCACUUGGUUGAGAGCGCUUUCUGCCCAUGCCGUCCCGUCCUCCAAUGCUGUGGCCGCUCCACUCCCCUUGUCCGCUUCUCUUUUGCAGCUGCUCGCCGCCGGCCGUUCUGACCAGUGACCGCCUCUGGCCUUGAUUUCUUUCGUCCUAUCCAUGCGCAUGCCGCUGGGGGUGUCCCACAUGUCCAACUGCAGCACCAUCGCGCCCGCGCCCGCGCCCGAGGCGCCGCGCGCGCCGGCGUCGCCGCUGGACUACGACGUGGUGGUGAUCCUGGCGGCGAUGCUGUGCGCGCUGGUGUGCGCGCUGGGGCUCAACUCGAUGCUCCAGUGCGUGGUGCGGUGCACCCGCCGGGCCGUGGCCGACCCCGUCGGCUGGGUCGCGCACCGCCGCGCCAGCGCCGGGCUCAAGCGCGAGGACGUCGCCACGCUGCCCGUGGCCACCUACGUCGCCUCGCCGCCGCCGGCCGCGGCGGGGCGCUCGCCGGCGCGGCAGCAGCAGCAGGCGUCCGGAGCGCCGGGGUGCGCCAUCUGCCUGUCGGACUUUUUCGACGGGGAGAGGAUCCGGGUGCUCCCCGUGUGCGGACACCGGUUCCACGUCUUGUGCAUAGACAGGUGGCUCGCCUCGCACGGCUCCUGCCCGACGUGCCGGCGCCGCCUCUCCUCCGAGUCCGUCGCCGGAGGCCACCACCACCUGCAAGUCUUGACGCCUGUAUGAUCGAUCAAUCGAUCGAAAAUCUAUACUGUUAUUCUUUUUCUUUUUUGUUCUCGAGAUCAUUGUUUCCGGCAUAUGCUUGUAUGUAACGUACCGAUCUUAGAUCCUGAGCUUGACUGCGGCAUGAUCAUCCGGUAUAGCUUGUUUGAUGGUUCACUUUGCCAUCUUGCAUGAGAGCUUUUUUUUUCUUCUAUACGUGUAUACCACCUUAUGAGAUGUUUAUUGC